AAACAGUCAAACAAGAUCAGUCUAUGCAAAUGUAAACAAGAGUUUGUCAUGCUUAAACGUUAUAAAUUUUAGAUUCAUCGAUGGGCCACGUCACUUAGAACACUUUGUUUCUUUGUGAGACAUAUACAGGAAUCUACGUGGAAGAGGCUUCGCAAGAGAAUGUGACAGCAGAAAGGUAACUUAGUUAAAGAUUAGCUUCAGGGUCUUGUGUACCCCACAGAUCGUUUCAAAUUAAGAGCAUUUAUUACUAUGUAGUGCAGUUUUAUUCAGAUCACUUUUGAUUUUCGGGAUUCUGAAAAAUUCCGAUCGAUCCCGACACUUUUGUUUGCAACCUUCAAAGUUUCCAGAAGAUUCUCAGCAAUAAACUGAUAAACAAUUUAUGAAGCGAAUAUCAUAAUUGACCUUAAAUUCUCUUAAGUUCUAUUGGCUUCUAGCUACAAGCUCAAUGUAGUUUUUAAUUCAAAGCUUCUGUCGCCAUUAGCUAAUGUGCUCGAAAUCUAGCCGAAGUCAUGACCAGAGUUGAUAAUAUCGAACGAAGGAAUAUUUUUUGCGACCCUCACGGUAAGGAGACAUAUGUUCAUAUUUCCGCCUCAGUGACGAAACUAGGUGGUCGGUUUUAGUCAUGAACGCCUGUGACCAGCCAGUUCAAGUACAUACACAUAUUAUAAGUCGUAACAUACCACCCCUUUUCUGUCUACUAAAAAGGAUGUCGGUAAGUUUAUCCUGGCUGUUGCCCUCGCUGUCAAAAUCCUAGAUAAACGUAAAGUAUUGUUCACGUCUAUAGGCUGACACGGUUGAUAACCCGGCCGCAGUCAUUGCGCGUUUUAUGUGACACAUUACGGCUCUUCUGCUUUUAGUUGGCAACAACAGAUAAAAAAAGCAUCCCAUUCGUCGGAAUUAGUAAAAAACUUGAGAAUUCACAAGUGAACGAAAAGCUAGUGGUCAUAUCGAUUCUGAGUGUAUACAGUCAAAUGAUGACUUACAAGGCCGAUAAAGCUAAUUGCCAUGGAGUCAGUAUGGAUUACCGUACUUCAACAUUGAAAAUGUAUGUAAUACUACAGGAAAUAUAAUUAUAAGAUGACAGUCAGGGUGUGCUCAGUUAUAUUCUUAUAUUGAGUGUCGCGGAUAUGAAAAAAUUGAUAAGGUCCAUGUAUGAGUUGUUGUCAGUUUUCUAAUCUGUUUUGUACGUCAGUAUUGUGUUGCUUAGGUAGAUUUUUGUCACCAUCGUAUCGUUCCCUUUGGAAAUCAAUAAACCGACACUGAUAAACCGAUAAUGCAUAAUGCUUGGUUCUAACAAACAAUCUGGUAGUAAAUGAUUUCUGAACUUCUUAUGUACUUGCUUGCACGCAAAAAGGAAAAGCCCUGUCUCUUGUAAUUAAACCAAAUAAACUCCCUUAUUACAUCCACUUUGAAAUCACUGGCUAUCCGUGCAAUCUGAUUGGCUCUCAGCAGUGUGAUUUAUUCCUAAAUCGCACCAUUUUUUGCUCUAAAUCGCAUCUGUUCCAAAUGGCGUCAUUUAUGUUCUAAAUCGCAUCAUUUCUGUUUUAAAUCGCACCAUUUUUGUUCUAUAUCGCAUAAUUUCUGUUUGGAAUACAAAAUGAGAUGAAAAGCCUUUUUGUUUCGGCUUUUUAACAAACUGGCUACUCGAUCAAUAAAAUAUUAGUACUGACUAAAUUCUGCGAUUUCAAAAUGGAUGUAAUAAAGUGGUAAUUGAGCUUCGUGUCGUGCGAUUUUGGUCUGAAAUCAUACUUGUGAUUUCAAAUCACGCGUAUGAUUUCAGACCAAAUUGCACUCCAUUCAGUUCAAUUACCAUUAUUAAUAUCCAUUAAAGUUAAAAAUAAAUUAUAUGCAUCUGGUGACACCGCCAAUUAUAAAAUCUAUAGAAACAAAAUCUGUACCUUAACGCGUUUAAGUAAACAGCAUUAUUAUUCUAAAUUUUUUAAUGAUAACUUAACUAAUAUGAAAAAAACAUGGGAGGGAAUAAACAAUGUACUUGCCCGUAAAUUAAAGAACACAAAACCUAUUACUUUUAUUAAGGACCCUAAUGACAAUGAUUCUGUCACCAAUGACCCAAGUAGAAUAGCCAACGUUCUUAAUGACCAUUUCGCUUCUGUUGGACCUAAACUGGCAAAUAAGUUACCAACCGUUCAGCGUAAAUAUUUUGAUUUUUUGAACACAUCUAACUCUCCUGACUCUUCGUUUGCUUUCAACCUAGUUACCCCAGCUGAAGUGGAAUUGGAAAUUUUGCGCAUACCAAUUAACAAAUCUCAUGGUUUAUAUUCAUGUCCUGCUCAACUGUUGAAGUACUCGUCAAAUGUUAUCAGCAGUACACUGGCGGAAAUAAUAAAUCUUUCUAUUUCGACUGGGAUGUAUCCCACUAAACUAAAAAUGGCAAAAAUUAUUCCUAUCUUUAAAGCUGAAGAUAACACUAACGCAAACAACUAUAGGCCUAUUUCUUUGCUGUCUAACUUUAAUAGGAUCUUCGAAAAAUUGGUCUUCUCUAGAAUGGAAUCUUUCAUUGAGCAAAAUGACAUACUUUCUCCAUCUCAAUAUGGCUUCCGCAAAGCGCACUCAACUCAGCAUGCAAUUCUUGACAUUGCAAGUACCAUUCAGGAAAACAUGGGCAAGCGCUUGUUCUCAUGUGGUGUAUUUAUUGACCUGAAAAAGGCUUUUGAUACAGUCGAUCAUAAAAUUCUUUUGCACAAGUUAGAUCACUAUGGUUUUCGUGGUGUUAUAAAUAAGUGGUUCUCAUCUUACUUAGAAGGUCGAACUCAAACGACGCAAAUUGGUUCCUUUAUAUCUAAAAGAAAAAAUACCACUUGCGGUGUUCCGCAAGGCUCUGUCCUAGGCCCAUUACUCUUCCUAAUCUAUGUCAACGACAUCCAAGAAUCCUCUGGCAAACUAAAUUUUUUUUUAUUUGCUGAUGACACGAAUGCCGUAUAUGCUGACAAAAAUCUUAAGUCCCUUGAGUCGACUGUAAAUCAAGAACUCUGCAAGUUGUUCGAUUGGUUAACGGCUAAUAAACUAACCUUGAAUAUUAAAAAAACGAAUUUUGUCAUUUUUAGACCGGCUCAGAGAAAACUUACCUAUCACCCUAAAAUAAUGAUAUUCGACAAUGAUCAAAAUAAGAAUGUGGCUCUAGAAUGUAAAGAAUUUGUGAGAUAUCUAGGUAUAAUAAUUGACAAUAAUCUUUCUUGGAAACAUCAUAUUGACCACGUAGCUAUUAAAAUGAGCCAAACUGUAGGAUUGAUCUGUAAACUACGGCAUUUUCUGCCAAGACAUACUCUUCUAAAUAUUUAUCGAUCUCUUGCUGCUCCUUAUUUAACUUAUGGUUUGACUGCCUGGGGCCAAGCAUAUAAAUCGCACCUUGAAAAGCUUCUCAAGCUUCAAAAGCGAGCUCUUCGCUUUAUCUAUUUUUCUGAGCGAAAUCAGCAUGCCAUUCCUUUAUUUAUUGACGCCGGUGUUUUACCAUUAAAAUUUUUGUAUUAUGAGCAUUUAGCUAACCUUAUGUUUGAAAUAAGACAUAAUAAUGCUCCUGGAAACAUUCAAGAUCUCUUUCAAGAUAUUUCUGAUAUUCAUUCUUAUAAUACUCGAUCCUCUGCCUCCAAUAACUUUUACACACAAAGUUCCCGACUCUCAAUUCAAGUGAGUUCAUUUUCUAGAAUCGGAACAAAAAUAUGGAAUGAAAUGCCUGUAUCUUAAAGAAAACUUUCAAAAAAUGCCUUUAAGAGGAAAAUAAAACAAACAGUUUUUGAGAUCCUAGCUUCAGAAGACUGUUAUUUUAAUCUCCCAGAAAUCGUUCAAAAAGUUAAGCUAAAUUUAUUUUCCUCUUAGUUGAUAUGUAAUCAUUAAUAUCGUUUAGUUUAUCGGUAGUCUCUUGUCAUAACUGUUGUCAUUUAUUAUUAGUAAUACCAUUAGUUUAUCAGUAGUUUUUAGUCAUUGUUGUCAAUAUUAGUUUCUUUAGUUCUCUUGUUACUUUUAGCUGUAUUUAGUUGUACUUAUUUUCUGUAACAUGACCCGCCUAGAUUAGCUUAGCUACCCGCGGGCAUGUUAUUGUAAUUUUACUUCAAACACAAAUAAAAAUGUAUGUAUGUAUGUAUGUAUGUAUGUAUGUAUGUAUGUAAAGCGGAACCUUGAGAGUUCAAAAACUGUUCUCCUGCUAAUAUAAUGCGCUCGGUUAACCAAGUCAAAUCGUCCACAAUCGUAAAUCUAGUUGUUGUGUUCACUUAAUACCCUCGACAGCAAAUGUCGUGUUAAACACCCUUCUCGAAGGCAUUGGUUUUUUCUUAUAAUAGUCAUGCCAGUCAUAUUCAUACUCUCCUAAUUGUCUUCUUAAUUGUGCGGCAGCCAACUCCUUUACGCGUGACUUCGUUUGUAAAGUUUCAUGGUCUUGUAAUCAUGAAAAUAAAAAUAAAAAACAAAACAAAUGAAAGCAAUGACAAAGCGAGUUGAUCGUUAAUUGUGGUGUGAGUCACGUUUUAUCUUUCUUGCCAAUGUAGGUUAAGAAUGAAUUUCCAAGACAUGAACGUUUUCUUCUGCAUCAAAUUUGCUAAAUGGCGACUGCAGCACCUUCACCCCUGGCCAGCUCAAUAGAGAAGACAAAUGGAAACAAGCUGAGCAGGCUUCUCAUCGAUGGCGGAACAACGGCGCUGAGGAAUAUUUUCGAUCAUUAUCACCCACCUGGCAACUUGGCUUCUGAUCUCAAUUUCAAUUACUCCGUUCUUAACAAACUUUUGCGUAAAAGAGUACUAAAUGGCCAUCAGUGGAACAAACUCUUCCCCUCUGGUGGAGGGGUGCCAGACUCCAACACGUUUGACAUCACUCUUCUGUUCCUGCUGCUAACUACCAUUUGCGGCUUAUCCCCUCCCCUGACAGGAUGGCACACCAAGCCACCCCCUGCUGAUAACUCUCUUGAGGCUAACCUUGGUCGCGUUAAGUUCUUCCGGAAUGAGUUGUAUGGUCACGUGACGUCCACGAGGGUUGAUGCAACAUCUUUCUCCUUCCUCUGGCAUGAAAUAAGCAUUACUCUUCAUUCUCUCGGACUAGAUCAAGCUGAGAUUGACAGACUGAAGGCAGAGCAUGGAGGAGAGGAAGAUUACCUUGACGCCUUAAUUGAGUGGGCUGACAGUGAAGAGGACAUAAAAACCCAGUUGAAAGACAUCCACCAGACGCAACUAAAACUCAGUAAAACAGUUGAAGAUGGCAAUUUAAACAUGGAAGAGUUACGUCAAGCCCUAAGCAAAACUCAGGAUGUUGUAGAUGAAGCAGUGGAGAUAGAACUCAAAGGACAUCAAGAAUUUAGGGCAGCACACCAGGAAAGCAUGUCACGUUUAGACGGAGUGUGUGAGUCCCAAACUAAAACCAGCCAGGCUGUGGACGAAAUUCGUGAAUCAGUUCAAGAAGUAAAACAGGAAGUAAAAAGCUUGACGAAAAAGAAAAGCGAGCACGCAGAUGAGGUGCUUAGGACCCUUGUGAAGUUUGAAUUCAAAGGAGACACAGAAUUUCAUGCAAAGAAAUUCCAGGAAGGAACUCGUGAGUGGAUCUUCAAAAGGAUCGAAGACUGGUUAGACGACCGGAGCUCGCCACAUCGGGCGAUGGUAAUCAGUGGAAAUCCAGGAAUGGGAAAGACUGUUAUCUCCGCUGUUGUUUCGCAAAGAAUUCAAAAAGCUGGAAGACUCUCGGGAAUCCACUUUUGUCAGCAUAACGAUUCACGGUACCGAGAUCCACGUUUAAUGCUCCAGUCUUUGGCCUGUCACUUGUGUCAAGCGAUGCCAAGUUACAAAGAUGCUUUAGUGGAACAGAUGUCAAGAAAUCUGGGUAAAGACCUCAACAACAUGGGUGUAAAAGAGCUGUUUGCGUUGCUGUUUAAAGAGCCUCUAAGCACAAUGCAAGAUCCUGGAAGAAACAUCCUAACAGUCAUAGAUGGCCUCGAUGAAAGCGAGUACAGAGGACGCAAUGAGCUUCUACAUGUAAUCAGUAACCAUUUCUCUAUGCUUCCAGUCUGGAUUAGAAUUUUGAUCACAACUCGUCCAGAGAAGAACGUUACAGAGGCAUUGCGACAUUUGAAACCAAUAGAGCUUGAACAAAAACGAGAAGAAAACUUGAAGGACAUUCAAACCUUGUUUGAAACACAACUCAGCCUUAAAAUUGGUGAGGAGCAUAAACAUGUUCUCUUGAAAGAGCUGGUCAAGAAAUCAGAAGGCCUGUUUAUUUACGCUUACUUUAUAGUGGAUUUUAUCCAAAAGAAUGUUUCAAUUCUCAGCCCUGAUCUGCUGGAAAGUGUGUUACCUUCAGAUAUUUCAUCUGUUUACCUGUCCUAUUUUACGCGGUUAGAGGAUGAACUUUGCAAAGAGUUUAAUGCAGAUGAGGAACAUUUUUUGCGUUUCCUGUGUGCAUUUACCGCUGCAAGGGAACCAUUACCAGUAGAAUUCAUUGCCAAAAUUCUAAACCCUGGAGGAAAAUCAUUGACUGCGCAGCGAAAAGUUAACAAAGCGAUAUCUUGCAUCUCUACACUGUUACCAGUUCGGGAGGGUCGUCUGCACUUUUUUCACAAGUCAAUCAAGGACUGGCUAAUAGCGUCAUUGCUUUAUGAACAACAUGAUUUCACCGUGGACGAGAAAGAAGGUCAUAUCGUCCUUUCUGAUCUCUGUGCUUCUGAACUCGAUAGCUUGCAGCGAAAAGGGGUCCAUGGCAAACAGUUUUCGAAUACUGAAACAUAUGCUUUGCAUCAUGGUACUCAGCACAUGCUUGAGGUCACCGAUCAUGACUGCGCUGACAAAACAAGAACCAAUAGUGUCACAGCUGAACAGGUGUACCGAUACACAACAGACGUGGAACUUAUUUAUGCAAAACUUUGUGUUAAGAGCACAUCCGCCAUAGAAGACCUUCUCAGCCUCCACAGUAAGAAUUCCAGAAUAGUAAGCGAGGAAAAAGAUGUUGUUGUGACUUCUCUCCUCAGCCUUCUGAGAAAACACUCUUACAUCUUGUUUGAUCAUCCUCACCUGUUUUUCCAGUGUUUGAUUAACGAAGGUACCCCUGGAUUAUCGUCUACAGCAGCAGGUAUUGUUAAGUCGUCAACUCCAAAGGUGCCAUACAUGAAGUAUUUAGACAAUGACAAACAAAAGGGAGCCGUUCAGGGACGAUUUUACUGUUCAGAUAAAAUCGCAUGUUUUGAUAUUUCACCUAAAUUGGAUUACAUGGUAUGCGAGUGUCGAGAUGAAACAAUCCAUCUUUUUUCCCUGCUGACUGGUACCAAAGUAUGGGUUCGUCCAUCGCUAACAAACAGAGCGUAUAGUUCCAAAGAGGCAUAUACGGGUAGUGGUGCAUAUCGACAAACUGGGCAUUUUCUGUCAUUUUAUCAUUCUGUCACAUUUCAUCCAAAUGGGAAGUGGAUAAUACCAGGAACUCUUAAACAUGUUUACACCAUUAGUGGAGAUAGAGAAGACCUUUUUCCGGACAGUGACUGCACAUUUUCAUAUUACUUCUUACGUUUUUAUAAUGACAAAGAAGUGAUAUUUACAGAUUGCCCAGAUGACCCAAAGCAGAUAAUCAUUUGGGAUAUGGAGAAUGGCCAGAAACUUGAAGUUAUCAAUUGGGAUGAAGAAAUCUCAUCCUUUACCAUUUCUGGCGAUGUGUCACUUAUCGCUAUUUCUGAUGUGACUGGUGAGAUUGCUUUUUUUUCCGUAAUAAACGACUUUGGUUUGAGAUUCCCCGACGCUGGUAAAGAUGACUGGGUGUGUGGGUUGAUGCAUUUCACAUCCGAUAAUGAUACUCUGGUUUGUGGAUGUCUAUUAGCCUCUUGCGAGGACUACCAUUGCCCGUUUGAUGCGUUAGAACCUGAAGAAAGAAAACCAACAGUUUCCUUCAAAAAUCCUCUGAGUAACGUUUCGCUGCCAGAUCCUCAUUUUGAACCUGUUGAUCCCAGAACCUUCGUGUUAUGGCCCUCUGCUGCACCAAGCGCUUUGACUGAAUGUACUUUUAUGGAGCAGGAUGAAGGACCUUCCUGGGCGUCGAAGGUGCAGAGAGAGAUUCCAUAUUUGUUCGCAGGUUCCUACAUCAGUCUCAACUACGAAACAAUUUUGGUUGGUAGCCCAGAUCACAAAUACGUUACGAUGUUAAAUGUUGGUCUACUGCAAAGCGAUUCGACUUCCUCCUCGAACGUUAACGUGGGUAUCAGGAAGAUUAUUUUUUCUAUGGAAGGCGAUGCAGUAUAUGUCGUAAGUUCAGGCCAGUUUGUCUACUUUAGCUCAGAAGAGGUAAAGAUAACUAUCUGGAGACUGUCAAGUCGAGAAUUUCUGGAGACAAAGACAUUCUUUGGCCCUGUGUCGAUCGUUCCAACGAAGGAAGGUCUUGUACUCUUUAAAAAUGAUCGUGUAGCAGAGUUGUGGAAUUUCGACCUGUCGGAGUGCAUUCGAAGUAUUGUUAAACUUACCAGUGAUACUAGUAUUGUGUAUUCAGUAACCUUGAUACCAGUAUCAGAUGAACUGAUAGCCUUUUAUUAUUUGCCACAAUCACGGGAAUCAAUUUAUAUCAGAAGCCUAGAAGAAUCUGAAGAAAACGAAAACUUACACGACGACUUGUUAGAGUGUACACCUCUCGAGGAUUGUACAGAUUAUUGUCUUGACUUUAUAAGCACAACCGGUGUUCAGGGGGGAAAGCUUGUGUCCUCGCUAAGGUUCACACGUUACGACGAAGGAGGAUACUUAUAUAAAAUUUCAUGCAAUAGUCCGAGCAAUGUUUUGGUUUGCCGUUUUGAAGGGCAUUCCUGGGGACCUAUAGACGAGGGGGAGGUCACAGUUAGUUUAUUCAACAAAGGAUCAGUUAAAUGGGAACGAAUCGCGGAUAAUUCAUAUCUUCGCAACGAACACAUGAUUUUCUCGCCCAAGAAUGAGUUUGUUGUUACGUGGAACACUCUCGACGAAGGUCAAGGUCUACAUGUUCUUGACGCAGAUACUGGAGAAACACUGCACGUCCUUCUUAGAGACCAGAACGACAUUAUUGAAUGUAAGUUUUUAGAUGAUGAAUCUCUGGUAUGCUGCAGUGGGGACAACUUUCUCCAAUUGUUUAAUGUCAGAACCGGAGAUCUACUAAGUGUUCUAGACAUUGGAGAGCAACCACUCUGUUUGGAAGCCUGUCUGAAUCAUCCUCUUGUCGCCAUUGGUUUGUCGGGCACAAGAAUAAAAUUCGUCCACGUACAGUUGCCAACAGAAUCUAAAAAGAAGAAUUAAAGGUGAGUUUUUCUCUACUCGGUCAAAAAUAGGCGGCACGAGCUCAGUUUCGCGAGUUACUGUAACCUAACAGAUCGUAACAGUACCUAGACUCUACGAGCAGUGUCUAUUAUUUCAGUCCGUGGAGCGAAAGGCGCGAAACACGCUAAAAACGGCGCGCGCGGCUGAGGGUGCGUGCUCCCUCGCGCGCGAGUAAUUCCUUCACUAAAAAGUUGAAAGGGACUUUAAGAUCGAACGACGCGACAGCAACGAAAACAUCGCUUAAAAAGUGAAUCUGCCUUCUUCAUUCUUUAUCGCGAUCAUUCCUACUUACUUACUUGGUCAAAUGUACGCGAACCCUCCCGAAUUUGAAUCCCAAGGGACCAUACUCAAUUUCAGAAAGCGAAAUAAAUUUCUUCGUUGCUUGUUUACGUUGUCCAUAAAACACGAAAUUAGGCAUUUUCACGUCCUACUUGUGCAGAAACGGCGAAACCCUUUUUUAGCACGUUUUCGUUGCCGUCGAGUCCGGUUGAAUCUUAAAGUCCCUAAUUUGAAGAAAACAGGGGACUAAUUGCAGCCUAAAACAGGAGGCAUAACUGAUUAUGGCUCCUGGCCUAAACAGUCCCCACACCACAACACAAUUAGUAGAUAUACGUCUAGAGUAAAUCUUAUUCUUACAAUUUUGCGCACGAAAAUUCCGCGAGUUUGGGGGAGCAAUUACCACUGUUACAAAGGGUAUAAUACAAAGGGUAUAAUACCAUGAUCUGCUUAUGAAAAGGAACAGUGCCAAAAUUAAAGAGGGAGCCGAGCAUAAAGUUUAGUGAAUGUAUGAAAGACAGUUUUGAAAGAUUUAUACUGUAGGACACAGAUGAUAGUGAAGCAGGGAGAUAAUAUGGAAAAAUCUACGAAAAAGAACCAUAUUUGAAAUUACCUAAAAUCAUCGCCAUCACGUCCACGACUUACAGCAACUUUAAGAAUUAUUUUGUUUUGUAACGUGACAGAGUACUAAAUUUCGCAACUUUUAUUUUUCUUCCAUUCCAGUUUUCGCGAGUUGUAGAUUUCGGGAUUGUUUGAAUUUGCGAAAAACGCGAGUUUUAGACUUGAUAGCUUCCAGCUUUCUUAAAUAACACAAGCAACUUUCUGUUUUCAGUUGCAGUUUCAAGACAAGUAAAUUGAGCAACUUCUGGUGGUCUGUCAUUAGCCGGGCACAAGGAGCUGGAUUCUUCAAAUCAGUGACCAUGAUCUUUAUUUAGUGUUGUGCUUGGCGAUGGAGAAAGAGCAUGAAGAGAAAUGAUUGCAAAAGCUGGAAUUCAAAUCUAUUUGAAGAGCCCUGGAUGCAAGCUGCCAUAUUCAGGAAUUGAAAGAGACUUGUAUAUUACGAACUUUGAAAUUUCGUACGUUAACAGAAUAGCGGAUAUAGGAAGGGGUAAGGGGGCCGGGGAUUGGAGGGAGGGUCCUUGAUCAAAAGGCUGAACAUUCGUAAGCAGCCUUUAUUUGGUAGGAACUUGUUUUGCACCCUCAAUCAUGAUCGGUACACCUUUUUAACCACUGGCUUGUUAUAUAAAUUGACGAAAUCUAGACAAAACUUACAACUAAACCACCUAGAAAAACGUUGAGAACCUUUUUUGUAUGGCUUUUUUGUGAAUAUUCCAGAUGUCUGAAAAUGACUCAUAUCUCCCAGUAACACUGUAGUAAAAACAUGCAGGGUGUAAUAUACUAAUGUACGGUGUGAUAAAAGGGUCAUGUUAACACUCGCUGUCUGGCCCGAACCGCACCACACUGUUUCUGACACUUGACAGGCGCGUCACCUUGAGUUUGAUUUACUAGUUAAAAUUGUGUGUUGCACGAUUAUCAUGGUCUACAUAGUUGACUUUUCCACGUAGAAGUAAUGGGGAGCUUUAGCAACGACGAAGGCGACGUCUACAAAAACGUCACUUAAAAGUUAAUUCGCGCUGCCUCGAACUUUAUCUCGUUUAAUUCGUCAAAUGUUGGCAAAUUUUUUUGGAGUUGAAUUCUAAAGGACUCCAUCAAAGUUCAAGAAAUGAAAAAGAAAAGUUAUUGUCUUGUGUUCCCGUCCUCGACAAAACUUGAAAUUAUGCACUUUCACGUCGUAGUCGUGCAACGAAAGGCUAAGAAAUGUACAAAAAAGCGUGAUGCACGUGCAAAGUUGUUUUUUUGCUAAUCUAAUCCUUUUUUUCUUUUUUUUUGCCGUUCUCGUUGUCGUGGCCGUCGUCGUUGCUUAAGCUCCAUAAUGUUUAAUCUUACCUUCCUCCUCUUUAAACCUCCUAGAUCCAGCCACGUUACCUACCCUGCUUGCAGAGGUUUGUCUGUUCCGGCAUGGUUUUAAGCAUUAAGGAAGUAUAGGAGAAUGAGGACAUGUAUAGGCGUAUAAGGACAUGUAGGCGAAUGUUAGCAACAAAAAAGACUUCAUAAAUACUUAAAACCACACCGAAAAGAAACCUACGCUGGCAGGGUAACGUUACCAUGUUGUUACUGUGUAACAGUGGAGUAAAAAGGGCGAACGUCUGGUUUCUUUUUUUCGUAAAAUGGAAGGCAAUGAAACCAAUUUAUUGCUCGAGGUUCACGAUUUGAUUUUCCGGAUAUGUUACUAACUGUAUAUGUUUUAAGGUCAACCUGAUGGUACAGUCAAGAAAUAGGAAAGUGCCAGAAAACUGGGAUAAUUCAUGGGGUCAUGUUGACAGUGGACCCUGCAUAAUCAUCGUCCCAUUACAAUGUGAAGUGCAAAGUACAGUCAAACUCCGUUAAUACGGACACUGAAGGGACCAUGGAAAAGGGUCCGUAUAAACGGGGUGUCUGUAUUAAGCCGGUUGAAUUUAGAGAGAUUAUAAGGGCUUUGUUUUCCCAGGGACAAAGCAAACUCUCCAUAAAAAUGAGGUGUCCGUAUUGAGCGGGUGUCCGGCGUAAAGCGAGGUUUGACUGUAUGGAACAAUACCCUACAAGAGAGGAUUCUCUCCUGGCACCCAAUAAAACUUUUAUAUACCUUCUUUUUAUUAGGUGCAAUUACAACACAUGGUAAAUUUAUUUCCAUCUUGAAAAUAAUACCACAAUAGUAGUAAUUAUUAGUUUUUUUUAAUCCAUGGCAGGGAUAUAGGAUCCUGUCCAUAGACAGUUGCCAUUAGAAAUUUGCCUCAGAACGUUUGCCUAAUACACAGACGAAUGUCUCCGUGCAUGUGAUGUAAAGGUUAUUUUAAUUAAUUCCCUUGGUAAUAAAAGUGUUCCGAGAAACUCUAUAUCUGUAUUCUUCAAUAGGGG